UGUAUAGGUCGCGAGUAUACCAUGCAGGAGCCGUGAUGAGAGAUGAAAACGCAACGACCCAUCCACGCUACGCGCCAUCGGCAGCUGCUCGUAGGAAGGCUACUGUUUCACGGCGACGAAGACCUGCGACCGUAGUGCUCACCUCCCGAAAGCCACCGAUCAAAGCACGCAAGGUGGGCCGAGCUACGCGGAGGCAGCGGCGGUCGAAGAGCACGACACGCAAGCGCAGUGCACGAUCUUCAACGAGUCGGCGGUCGAGAACCACGAAGCGGAAGAAGAGGCGGCACACUGCGGCAGCCAAGGCCCGACGUCGGGGUUCAGGAAUCCUUGCCAGGCGCGAUCACGUCACGACCGAGAAGGGACAACGGAGGAGUGUUACUACAGAUGUCCCCCACGAUUCCGUCACAGAGCAGCGCAAGGAGAAUAUGACCGCUGCGGUAACAGCUGAUCACGAUCCGACUGCCGGACUCGAGCCUGGAACGUCGUCCGUGGCAUCGCGGUCGAGAACAUCGCGGAGGACGCCGCCAAGAAUGUCCACGCUGGAUGAAGACGACGAGGCUGUGUAGGAGGGAGUGCGCGUGAUACUCGUGCCCUUUGCAGCACCGCAUUAAAGAGUUCCCAACGAAGUUGGAACGCCCUAAAUGUUUCGGAGGCGCGUGAUAUCUCGCACAGGGUACAGAUUCAGCGAGUGCCAAGGAAAAUUGCGGCAUUAUUUUUUUCUAAAAGAGCCAAGUCCACUCUUAACGAAACUGGGAAAAACGCAGUUUUUUGCU